AGGUCCGCCUGCCGCGUGCGUCUGACGACAGACGAAGGGGGCGGAGUCUGGUUAGAAUUUUGGCGGGUUAGGCUGCUGGCCGGGAGGCUGUUUCUGCACCCGCUGCUGAGAUUUGACACUUUCAUCUCCUGAGCACCUAAUCCUCCUUCAGAGUCCCUGGACACAGCUCUUACUGUGAUGAUGGAUGGGGAGGAGGACGAUUUGUCUCUGCUGACAGCCCUGCUGGAGGAGAACCAGCCAGCCCUGGCUUGUCAUGCAGAAGAGAGGAGCUGCUUGCCUCAGGAGGAUGGUGGACCUGACGAGUAUGAUGAGCUCUUUGAUGCUGAUGGUGAUGGUGAAUCCUACACAGAAGAAGCUGAGGAUGGAGAUGGAGGAAACGUGGAAGACCAGAAGGAAAAUUUGGCCACUCUCUUUGGAGAUGUGGGGGACUUAACAGAUGAAGAAGUUCCUGUAUCUCAACCAGCUGAAGACAGUGUUCUCCCCGAUCCUGCCCCUAAUCAAGAGAAAACCAAUCAGCAGCUGCAAGAUGAGUUAAGGAAGUUGCAAGAGCAAAUGAAGUCCUUGCAAGAACAGCUAAAAGCAGCCUCAAUUAAACAGUCUGAAAGUCCAGCGACUCUGCAUAAAUCCUCUGAAAGUAAGACCACACGGCCACCGCUGAAGGAGAAGAAAGUUCAGAGAAUUCAGGAGUCGGCAUGCUUUUCUGCAGAGCUUGAUGUCCCUGCCCUGCCCAAAAUUAAACGGGUGGCCCGGAUGCCAAAGCCCUCGCCAGAACCCAAAAGCUCAUCUUCAAGUAUGCCAAGUGCACCCUCCCAGCCGCUCCAGACCAUUCCCGGGAAAAAGCACAGUGGGGUGACUAGGGAUCGAAGCUCUGGGCCCCCAGGGAGCUUGGGGGAAGCAGCCCCACAGGUCUCCAUGGAAACCUUCUCCGGCCUUCGGCUCAGGCGACCCCGAGUAUCCUCCACAGAAAUGAGCAAGAAAAUGGUUGGCCGCAAACUGAUCAGAUUGUCUCAGAUCAAGGAAAAGAUGGCAGUGGAGAAGUUGGAAGAAAUAGACUGGGUGACGUUCGGGGUUAUUUUGAAGAAAGUCACCCCACAGAGUACUAACAGUGGGAAAACGUUUAGCAUCUGGCGACUUAGCGAUCUCCGUGAUCUGACAUGCUGUGUGUCGCUGUUCUUGUUUGGAGAAGUUCACAGGCAGCUCUGGAAGACGGAGCAAGGCACUGCCGUAGGGUUGCUAAAUGCCAACCCCAUGAAGCCCAAGGAUGGUUCCGAGGAGGUGUGCCUGUCCAUUGAUCAUCCUCAGAAGAUCUUAAUCAUGGGUGAAGCUCUGGACCUGGGAACCUGCAAAGCCAAGAAGAAGAAUGGGGAGCCGUGUACACAGACAGUUAAUUUGCGUGACUGCGAGUACUGCCAGUACCACAUCCAGGCCCAGUACAAGAAGCUCAGCGCCAAGCGUGCCGAUCUGCAGUCCACCUUCUCGGGAGGACGGGUUCCGAGGAAGUUCGCCCGCAAAGGCACCGGCCUGAAAGAGCGACUGUGCCGAGAUGGUUUCUACUACGGAGGGAUUUCCUCAGAAUCCUAUGCGGCCUCCAUUGCUGCAGCUGUUGCUCCUAAAAAGAAGAUUCAAACCACACUGACCAGUCUGGUUGUGAAGGGCACAGACUCCAUCAUUCAGGAAGCACAGCAGAAACUUGGAAUACCACAGAAGAGCUUGUCUUGCUCUGAGGAGUUCAGGGAACUGAUGGACCUGCCGACGUUUGGAGCCAGAAACUUGAAGCAUUUAGCAAAAGCCAUGAAUUCAGGGAUCCUGGGGAGCCCCAAACCUGCCAUCCAGUCUAUCUCUGCAUCAGCCCUCCUGAAGCAGCAGAAACAGCAGAUGUUGGAGCUGAGGAAAAAGAAAUCCGAAGAAAUGCAGAGGCGAUUCCUCCAAAGCUCGAGUGAAGUUGGGAGCCCAGCAGUGCCAAGCUCAUCUGGGCAGCCGCCUACCCGGUCUCCACAAACUGGCGCAGAGUUCCCUGUGCAGAAGGCGAUCGCUGCCCCCCAGAUGCCCAAGCUCGGGCGCGGCUUCUCGGAAGGGGAUGACAUUCUGUUCUUUGAUGAGUCACCACCACCGAGACCAAAGCUGAGUGCCUUAGCAGAAGGUAAAAAGUUGGCUGCCAUUGUUAAACUAAGGGCAAAAGGCCAAAUUCUUACCAAAACAAAUCCAAACAGCAUUACAAGGAAGCAGAAGAAGCCCCAGGAUAUACAGGAACUAAAAGAGCGCAUAGAAAAGAACAACACCUUUUCUCCUAACGCUGAAGAGGAAUUGGAGCCUGCAAAGAAGAAACGAAGAGAGCAGCUUGCCUACCUGGAAUCUGAAGAAUUUCAGAAAAUUCUAAAGGCCAAAUCAAAGCACACAGGCAUCCUAAAGGAGGCUGAGGCUGAGCUCCAAGAACGCUAUUUUGAGCCACUGGUGAAAAAAGAACAAAUGGAAGAAAAGAUGAGAAACAUCCGAGAAGUGAAAUGCAGGGUGGUGACCUGUAAGACGUGUGCCUACACCCACUUCAAGCCUCUGGAGAUCUGCGUCAGCGAGCAGCAUGACUACCACUGGCAUGACGGCCUGAAGAGGUUUUUCAAGUGUCCCUGCGGAAACAGAAGCAUCUCCCUCGACCGGCUCCCCAAAAAGCACUGCAGUAAUUGUGGCCUCUACAAAUGGGAGCGGGAUGGAAUGCUAAAGGAAAAGACUGGUCCAAAGAUAGGAGGAGAAACCUUAUUACCAAGAGGAGAAGAACACGGCAAAUUUCUCAAUAGCCUUAAAUGACCCCGACUGCAGACUUCAUCCUACUGUCUCCCUUGCUGCUGGUGCUCAGAAAGUGGGGAUUGGCUCUGGGGUGCCUGUGUUCCUGACCGCCACCCCUGAAACAAGUGCCUGUUACGCUGUGAGCUCCAGGCUGACACCAACUUUAAUGCUGGAAAAUCAGGAUGCAUUGGUCUUUCCUGUCUUCACUGCAGAGGACUGCAAUGCUGCAUUCAUGGCCCAAAUACCCAAAGGUGAAGGCCAGGCCAGAUCUCUUGGGUGCAGAGUGGGUGCUCCUUGAUCACAAUCAAGUUCCCACAUUUCUGUGGACACCUGGAGGCAGACGCAUUAAUACAGCUUAAUUGUCACCCAAGUUAAAUCAUUCAACUUCUGGGCUUUGUUCUGUUGUGUGUAACCUGAGGAAGAUCAGACCAAACGAUAUGGAGAUGUAUCUUCCUGAAUUCUACAAAUAUAGCCUAUUUCCAUCUCCAGAUACAACUUGUUUUGUGAUCAUUGCCCUUCAUGUUCUGUUGCUAUACUGCUAUUGAAAGCUAGGUUCCUUCUUUCUGGUCUACCAGUAUCUCAGUUUUGCUCUUUGAAAUUUGUCAAGUCAUUAUAACACAUUGCUUUUAUUUUUAUGGAGAGAAAGAGGAAUCACUGCUCUUAUAAUAUUUUGGAACUCUAGAAUGUGGAAACCUCAAAUCUUAUCAUUUGUGCGUGUGAAUUCAUCUCAGCGUGAAACAAACUUGGAAGCCUCUAACCAAAACAGGUACAAAAUUUGAAACACUAUGAAGCAUAUUAAACACAGAAAUUACAAAGACUGCAGCACAUGGAGCUUGCAGAUGCACUGCUAUGGCAAGAAUUUUAAAGCUCAAAUGCAGUGGAAAUCCUUGUAGGAGCUUCUUCUGCAUGGACAGCCUGAUUUUCCAGAGACCUGUUGGUGUAAGAGAAUGUUAGAAAUACCUGAAGGCUGGAUACAUGGGCAGGAUUACUGUUCUGGAAUUUGAACUCUAGCUAGAAAUAGUUUUCUUCCAAAAGUCCAUAUGCCUUGAGGUUUCAUAAAACUUCAUUCCUGCCCUGUACGGACAGACAGUGCUGCAUCUGACCUUUACCUUCUCCCUAAGGUUACUUCUUAAUAACAGUACUUUUUUUUGUUGUUGUUAUCUUUUAAUUUGCUCUAAAAAGAAGAAUAAAGUCAUUAUUACUUGAAAA